AUGUUGUUAUUUUCCUUUGCGGUUCUUCCAGUAACAUUAACGAGAUAUAAUGAUGGAGAAUUGAAGAAUAAGUCUGGAAGUUCAAUGGUAAAAUGCUGUUUUUGCGGAGACUUUCAGUUGUCAACUUCAGCCCUUCGUACACAUUUAACGUUUUGUGGGAAUAAAACCGAUCAAUGUCCUAAAUGCCACAAAUUCAUUACAAGAGCUACAUUUGCGUAUCACUAUGAAAAUAAAUGUGCCACUCUAGAUGAUAUAGAUGAACUUCGAUCACGUUCUGAUCGAAGAAAUUCACUUACUCACGAAAAGUUAAAAAAAUGCAAUUUUUGUGAUUUUCAUUGUGCUGUAACUGAUUUUACUGCGCAUCAGGAAAAGUGUAUUCAAAAUCCGGAUAAUCUAAAAAAGAAAAUCGAACAAAAGUCUUUGCAAGCAAAGAGUUUGACAUGUACAGAUAUUCCAUGCGAAUUUUGCAACAAACUAAUUGACUUUGCGAAUUGGACAACGCACACUACAAAAUGUCGCGAACAAGAAGCUCGCCGAAUUCGAUCGCGUCAAAGAGCUAUUAGUCAAGAACGUAUUGUUGAGAAAUUCCCAUGUGAAUAUUGUGAAGAAUCAUUUGCAGCGGAUUUACUUCUGACUCAUCAAAUAAUAUGUAGAAAGAAUUCUACAAAAACAUUACUGCUUAACACACUACCUUUGCCAGAAAAUAGACGCAGACAUAUUUCCCUCUCAUCAUCAUCGUCAAUGCCCGCAUAUAAUCUUUAUGGAUCAUAUGACAAUCCAACGGCUCGAAUAAACAAUCAUCUACGUAGUUCUGAUUCACCACCGCUGAUAAAUUCUGCUGUCACCAGUUCUGCUUAUAAUCUUAUUCACCAUCGUACUGCUUCUCUUAGCAGAGGAGGCGUUUCUUCAACUACCAGUAAUGCCAACAAACCACUACGAUCGACUGACAAUCAUGCAUUCAGUACCUCUCUGGACAAUAAUGACUAUCGACCAAUUAUAGGAUCCACUGCACACAUUGGAGACCCUGAUCCUACAAAUCGACAAAUCAAACACUUCGUUCGUUGUUCUUACGGCAAUACAAUUAUUCAUGAGUUCACAACAACGCAAUAUCAUAUUUUGUUGACGUCAUUUGUCACAUGCAAUGAAAAGAAUAAAUAA